AUGACAAUCGACUCUCAGAGUUUGCACGAAACUCUACAGGAAUGGGACGCUCAAUUGGAACGGCAACAGCAGAGGCCUCUGUACCAGCGGGCACGCACCUGGUCCAGACGGACUCACCGGCGGCCGGAGACCCGUCUGGACUACAACAGUUCCAUGCUCUUCCUCUCUAAGCUGGUAGCCGUUUUGAAUAAACCCAAAGUGGACGGCACUCAAAUGCGCGGAGGUCAGUACGCACGAGUGUCGAGGGCCCUCAAGAGCGUCGGAGACAAGAACUACAGUGACAACAACAACAACAACAGCUAUCACAAUCGACGGCAAACGCGAUCAGUACAGCCCUUUAUCUAUAAUCCCCCGGCGGCCGCCAGUUUUUCCGUCCGCCUGAUCGACAGGUGCUCCCUCGAGGCCGACCCCAGUACUGAGGGACAGAGCACG